CGCGACACACUAACAUCCUCGCUUUGCGCUCUGCUGAGUACUGAGGCGAUUGCUGCUGCUGCUGCCACCUUUUACUGCUCGCUGUCCGGCCGUCGUGCCUCGAAAUUGUCAAUAUGUCGUCGGCGAACAACACUGCUGCCACACUACCAGCGUCCUCCGCUCCUGCGGCCUCCUCGGCAGCACCCUCUUCGGCCGUGCCUGCUGCAUCUAGCGCUGCUCCCGCCGUCACAAGCAGCACUCCACCAGUCGCAACUUCAGUCGUCACUGCCUCAUCUGCAACACCGACGACUGAGAUCGCCACCUCUGUUGUCACCGUUACUCCGUCAGCAACCCGCGCCGGCGAGACUCCGACCCCUAUCAUCAUCACAUCCAUUGUGACACGGGAGGGCACUUCUGCGACUGUAAGCACUGGCAGCCUCGCAUCUACUACCAGCGGUGGAUCAGCUUCCUCGAGCACCAACACUGCCGGAGCCGUAACAUCACAGGGAGACCAACAGAAAGGUCUGAGCACCGGCGGCAAGACUGCAAUUGCUGUCGUCGUGCCCGUCGUCGUCGUUGCACUGCUAGUGUUGGCUGGCAUCCUCCUCUGGAGAAAGCGCAAGACUCGCCAGAACAACGAGGAGGAACGCCGAAAGGAGGUCGAGGAGUAUGGCUUCAAUCCCAAUAACGACCCCACGCUGCCAGCAGUUGGCGUGGGAGGCUCUGAAAUGGCCGAGGACUCAAGCGGCUACCGAGGCUGGGGCAACACUGCUACCAGCUCGAACCGCAAGGCCUCCACUACCCUGACCAGCGGCAUGACCUACUCAGACAGCAACAGCAACCCUGGCGGCUACAACACACCUCACUCCCCCACUGGUGGAGCACACUCUGAAGGCUCUCACGACCCUCUGAUGAACGGGCGCCGCGAAACCAUAGACUCCGAUGGCCUUGGUGCGCUCGGUGUCGUUGGUGGCGCAGUACCCAACUCGACACAGAACCAGGCCGGCGUACAGCGUGGACCGUCCAACGCAUCCUCCUCCUACUCUGCGGCCAACCGAUCCGAUGCCUCGGGCGACUACCCCGGCUAUACCAACGGCAACGCCAACGAAUACUACGAUAACCAAGGCUACUACCAGACAAGCCCGUAUGGCAACAACGACCCGUAUGGCGCUGGUCAGCAGCCUGUCAUACGGGAUGUGUCAGCACGGCGGAACACGAGGAUCGAAAAUCCUUCUGUCUUCCCACAACAAGGAAAUUCUGGCAUUGCUCAGAACUUCUAAGCACGACAUCACCAUCGCUCUGUACAGUUUCAUCGAUUUGCUCUCUGACUUUCAUCAUAUAUCCAAAAGGCGGCGUUUUGGAGUCCUGGACCAAACUAUUGCAUCGUAUCGCACUUUCUUCG